AUGGAUUUCAUCGCGCUUAUUGUAGCACUGAUUUUUGUGACUGAAGUGCACUCAUAUGGCAAACCGCCGAGAAUAUUUGGAGAAGUUCCUGGAAAAGAUGACCACGGAGCCGACGAAGAAGGGGACGAAAGUGCGUCCUCAAGACAAACAAUGGCAAAGAGUACCAUUGCUAUAACUGAUAAAGGCCAAGGUUUCGAUUACCUUGAAGAAGAGGUUACUACUACCACUAAGUACAAGGAUAAACAGAGAGUAAGCUUUAGCAAGUUUUACACAAAAGGUUUCUAUGAACUUUUUUAA